CGUCACCGACCGCCACAGACGCGAUCACUGCUCUGACGACAUCCAGGUAUGCCCUUUUUUUCCCCUCUUUCAUCUUCUUCUCCUCCCCCACCUCUAACUCACCACAAUCCGAGAAGCCCCCAUCACCAGUGCCCGACACACAUACAUACACACAGAGCUCACAGCGCCAUUAGCUCCCAUCUCCACUCAACUGGACACACACCAGCACAAGUACACAACACUAGUUGGAGAAUACGCAUUUCCAGUUCCGACAACCCGGACACUCCAGAAUCCAAAAAUUCCCAGAAAUUCCAACCCCAUUUUCUUUUUGGGUCCGUGGACCCGAAGGUGGUGAUGGACUGUCAACUUCUUUCUUUUAAUCGGGGCAGUGGUUUAUCUAAAUCUUACCAGAUUUGUCAUUUCCAGAAAAUUGGUUCUUGGAAAAACAUACCUUGUGGGUCUUGUUAUCUG